AAAUUCAGUUUAGUUGUAGAGACUUUUCUUUGUGGUCAAGGCUUGCUGUAACACCCGUAAAAAAUUGCAAAUCUAUUGAAAAAACUAACAAAUUUCGAGAAUGCGAAGUCCCUCGGCAGCAGUUUCGGCAAUGCUAAGGAUUUGUCUGAUAUAAUGACUGGCAGCUUUAAGGUGCAACUCAUCAACAUGGGCACUCGUGCUGCCGCCUUUCAGGCAAAAUUGAGAGCCCUUCAUGACUACCACGUACGUCUAUUGCACAAUGUCUUACCCGCCCCCUCUGGCGUUGAUAUUGCCAACAAUAUCAAAUACUUUUCACAAACUCUACUAACUGUCCUUAAAGAUGUGCGCACUUCUCCGCACGAACUUAUACGGGAUCCCCACGAGGAUCCCACACGCAUGUCUGCCUAUCCCAAUCUCGAAUAUGGCAACCUCUAUAAUGCCCUAACUAUGCUCAUCGAUGUGGCACCUUGCAUCCAGUAUGGACAAAUCGUUUUCGGCAAAGCUCUUUUGCAGUGCCUAAGCUGCAUUCUACCCUUCCUCGACAAGGAUCUUAUUGAUAAUCUACCCUAUCUCGUUAGCUCUACUAUAUCUGUACUACCACCAGCUCUGCACCAGGACAUUGUCAAUGCCCUGUGCUACUAUAUCUUACCCUUUACUAUCACUCGUCGCAGCUCUGAUGAGCAGGAGUGCCAGGCCUGCCAGUCUGUCUCCUCCGUGAUCAUGAUGGUGCUGCAGUAUUCCAACAAUCCCGCCCAUCACUGCCAGCUGCUGGAAUGCCUGAUGACCCUCAAGCAUAAUGUGGUCAAGGACAUUCUGUGCGUGGUGGCCUAUGGCACUGCUGUCUCCCGCUCCUCGGCAGCCAAGCUGCUCUUCUACUACUGGCCCGCCUUCGAUGCCAAUCUCUUUGAUCGCAAAGUCUUGCUCUCCAAACUGACAAACGACCUUGUGCCCUUCACCUGCCAGCGCGAGCAUUGCCCGAAUGCUGGGAAUGCCGAGGCAGCCAAGGUCUGCUAUGAUCAUAGCAUCAGCAUCGCCUAUGCCCCGGACUGUCCGCCGCCCCUCUAUCUGUGCAUCGAGUGCGCCAAUGAGAUCCAUCGGGAGCAUGCCAACCUGGAGUUUGGCGACAUCCUGCAUCCCAUGCAGCAGGUCUCGAUGGUCUGCGAGAACAAGAACUGUCGCUCCAACGAGAAGUCCGCCUUCUCCAUCUGCUUCUCCACGGAGUGUGCCACCUUCAACGGCAAUCAUCCCAUUCGCUACUGCAGCCAGUGCCACAGCAAUAGGCACAACUCGCGACGCGGUGGCGAUCAUGUGGUGCACCGCAGCCUGCAACCGGCCUGGCAGAUGGAUCCCGAGAUGCAGAUGCACAUGGUGGAGUCGGUGGUAAGCCUUUUGCGGGAGUCGAAGCCGCUCAACUUUGAGCCCGGCAAGGAGUCCUCCUCCUCGGAGGCGAAGAAGAACGGUUCGGCGGCCACGGCGGAUAAUAUUUCACGGGAGGAGCGUCAGAGGCUGGGCCGCUAUGGCAUUUGGCUGCUCGUGGGUCGCUGCACGCCCACUGCCGACACGCCCGUUGAGGUGCUGGGCAGAAUUCUGAGUAUGCUCUUCCAUUGGUUCCAUGUCACCGCCUAUUCCUACGAUGCUGCUGGUCAGGUGGAGAGCACCAUUGAGAAGCUGAAAGUGGAUCACGUCUGCAAUUGGCUGAAGGAGAUCUGCCGCAUCCACUACAACGUCUUCAUCGCCUGCCUGCUGCCACAUCCGCCCGAGUAUGCCCGCGUCGGCGGUCAUUGGGAGACCCUGGCCUCUCGCACCAGCCACCUCAAGGAGGGUAUGCAGCGUCUGAUCUGCCUGGUGCCGUACGAGGUGAUCACCUCGGAGAUCUGGGACUAUGUCAUGCCCCACUGGAUGGAGGCCAUCACCAACGAUGUGGCCGAGAAGGAGCUCAACGAGCUGAAGAUCGUCCUCAGCAAGAUCCUCGAUCCGGAGAUGUCGCCCCUUGGCUUCGAUGGCAAGACAAUGUACAACUUUGUGGCCAUACGCUUCGAGAAGACCACCGCCAAGGUCCAACAGCAGGCACUCCACUGGCUGCAGAUCCUCACGAAGCUGGAGAUUCUCAUUCCGCUGGUCCAGCUCUUUGCCAUGUUCGGCGAUGGCGUUCGCAUCAUGAAGUACGGCAUCCAGCACGAGCUGAUGCGCGAGAAGGAUGCUGCACAGCUGCAGCUUCCGAAGGCCCCCAAGGUGCCCUGCAAGGAGACCAAGGCAGAGAUGGCCAAUCCCCCCAGACGCAGUUCCAUUUCCCCUGUGGUGGAGGAUGACUCUGGCAAUACGUCGGCCAUAUCGGACGAUGAGGCACCCACCAAUCGCCACACGGAGUUCUCCACCGAUGCCGAGCACAAUCUCACCUGUUGCAUCCUCAUGCUGGACAUCCUUCUGAAGCAGAUGGAGCUGCAGGACGUGGAGCAGCACAUGGGCAUCCAUACAAGUGUGUGCGAGAAUGUCUCGCGGCUGAUCAAGUGUAUGGUCACAGCGGCCCGUGUGGGCCUUAGCAGCCAUGUGUGCGCCCUGAAGGUGGCGGAAUGCGCCUACUGCGAGGCCUCCAUCAUGUGGCAUCAGUUGGCCACGAAAUUGGUUCAGUUUAUGGCUCCUUUGAACCCCGUUAGGCCACCAGAUGUUCCCAUUGAGGACAUCAUCGAGGAGGAAAAGUCCUCACGCAAAUCCCCGCCCGAGUCCGACAAGGAAAAGACCAGGGAUGUAUCUCUAUCAAUGGCCCCGCUGCCCAUACCCCUGGGUCCGCUUGGAGGAUUUGCAGAUAUCUUUAAGCUAGAUCAAUUCUUUUCAGACGAUGGAAAAAUUAUUAUAAUGGCAGGUCCUGUGCCGGUGGCAGUGCCCCAACCCGAACCGCACUCGGUCGGCGGAGUGCUCGUCCAUAUGCCCCACGUCUGUUCCAAUAACGAAAAUGGGCAUUCAGUUGAUAGUAAUGAAUUGAGAAAAGUUCACGCCACAGACGAGAUCAUGACGGCCACUGUUGAGACAGUUUCAGAGCAGCUCGAUCUGGCCUCCAUCCUGCCCACAGAUCGGGCCAUAGCCCGUUCUAUAACCCUCUCCGAUGCGGAUGUCGGAAGCGCUAAUGUCAGCGUCACCAAGGCGUCGGUUAUGGGUGAGAACGGUGCCAAUGGCAGCACCGCCUGUGGGGGCGAGAAUGGCAGUGGUUCGGACGAGGAUGAGGAGGAGGAGGACAGCGAUGAUUUCUGGCACACUUCGGUGGGGAAAUUCAAAUUUACGCUGGACACGCUGCCUCAACCUCUGCAGUAUAUCCACCAGCUUCUCACGGAAAUACCCACCAUCAAGAAGCCAGAGAUACUGUACUAUGUGCUGCAGUGCCUCAAUACCAUGGCCCUGCAUGGAGAUGCCCUGGCCAAGGCGGCCAAAGAGCAGCGCGGCUUCUUCAUCUGGUGCCAGGAGAAUCUACUCAUCAAAAACCUUUGGGAACUUUGCAAUGCCGAACACUCGCACAUCUGCCAGGUGGGCGUGCCAUUGCUGCUGCACUGCAUCACGCUGCCGCUCGGUUCGGAUGUCUUUUGGCGCGUGGUGCAGGAGGCCUUCCACGAUACGGACUGGCGGGUUCGCUUCACAGCAGUCGAACGAGUAACCGUGAUUACACGUUUUAUGGAUUCGACGCCGCUGCGCUCAGAGGUGGGCCUGCAAACGGCACUGGCCACGGCCUUCUGUCAUCUCAUCGCCAGCAUGGAUGACAUCAAUGUGUAUGUGGCGCAGCGGGCGACGCUCUAUAUCGGUACGAUUCAUGACACGGCAAUACGGUCACUGCUCUUCUGCUUGGAGUCGCAGUUCGAUCUCUUCAUUGUGGACCGCCCGGUGGUGCUGCAGUCCGUCUAUCAGCUGCACAACUCCCUCUCCGAUCGCAAGCUGCUCGGCUGGGACUUUUUCCUCAAUCGCUUCGACACGCUCUUCGUGGAGGCGCAGAUCAAUCUGGAGAAAUGCGGCGAUAUCUCGUAUCUGCGAGACCUCCGCAACUCGGACAACGGCAGCGAGGCUUUGUCUGCAAAGAUCCUGAAGGCCAGGGAGGCCCUCAGUCAGUCGGAUACCAGUGGCAGCAUGGCCAAGACGCUGAGCGCUUCGUUCGGUACCAAAUGGCCCUACAAGAGGACUAUGUCGGCACCAGCCAGCAUGGCAUCGCGUCAGGAUAGCAAAUUUGUGCCCGAAAAGGAGAAGAUCUACAGCCGUCAGGUGUCAGCGCCGAUACUCAAGCGGAAGACCUCGCGCUUCGGACUGGGUCAGUUCCUAGGCAGUAGUAGUGGGGGGGCGUCUGGCAGCAGCCAGAGCGCCAAUCCGGCUAGUCAUAGUUCAGCAACGACCACGGCAACAGUAACAGCCACACGACCCAAACCGUCGCCCUGUCCCAUCCACCAUUAUACGCCACACACGGCCUUUCCCUAUCACCAUCCGUCGUCACACCACCACACACACCCACACGCACACCAUUCCAUGUACAUCCAACAGCCGCAGGCACAGGCACAGGCACACCACACCUUCGGCCACCAUCAUCCACCAUCGUAUCAUCCUCAUCCAGCCGGUAGUAGUGCACAAGUAGCAACCGCAUCAAGUCUAGCCUCGGCUCAUAGUCAGAGCCAUCAGUAUUUAGUGCAUUGCGUGCCACCCAGUCACCAAAGUCCGAUGCCCACGUUGCAAGAGGCAGAGACGCUGCUUCGCUCCCAGGCAGCAGCAGCAGUGGCAGCGGCAGCAACAGCCUCCGCCUCCGCCUCCGCCUCCUCCCAAGAGCAAGCCGGAGGCAACACCACCACAACCACAGCAGCAGCAGCAGUAACAGUAGCAACAACAGUAGCAACAACAGUAGCAACAACAACAGCAAGCAGCAGCUCGACAGCAAAUCCCCAUCCCUCGGGAUACUCCUUUCACUCCCAUUUCCAAAAGCAUCCGUCGGCACCCAAUCUGCUGCCACCGCAGCCAGCCGUGCCGGCGCCCAGUCCCAGUCCCUCGGCUCUGGCCUAUCCCAUGCACUGCACUUGCGAUGCAGGAACGCAUCCGGGUACGGGUACGGCGGCGGCGGGCAUCAGCAGCACGGCCAAUCCAGAUGGACACAUUCACUCUCUGGGCGGCCUCAAUGAUGAGAAUCUGAUUGGGCUGCUCAGUCGGAUCACGGAGCUGGAGGAGUCCGAUCGCGAGACCAUUCAUCUUUUGGUCUUCAUGCUGAUGCAGUUCAUGUCCCGCACGGAUCAGGCCUUCCCCUCGGAGGAUAAGCCAGUGACCAGGACACAGAAUAUCGUCUUGAAGCAUUUGUUUUUGCUGCUGGGACACAAUCAGAUCGACAAGACCUUCCACACCACCCCAGAAUCGCUAAGGGUGUCGGCCGUUUUCAAUGCCUUUCUGGCCAAUCUGCCGCAGGUGCUAGACCAGAAUCAUCUGAUUGGCGGUCUCAUCCUCCCCUCCGUCAUGCAGAUCACCCUGUAUGCCCCCUAUCCGACCAACACUUCGGGAGAGUCCUAUCAGAACAUUGUCUUCAACUACUCCCUGUGGCAUUUGGAGCAGUAUCCGCGACGGAACUGGCUCUUUACCCUCCUCGUAGUACUCUACAAGUACUCGUACACCCAGCCGCCGCUCAGUGGAUACAUCAUCUCGGGCAUUCGUAUGAUCAUGAACAGCCUGCGUGGCCAUUUCCAUCAGUGUAGGCGGAUUCCGACGACCACAAUACUGGAUAUCCAGGGUGUGGGCGGGGCAGCUCGCUCGCGUGAUGUCAGCCAGCCCUCGCUGGGCACCGAUCCGGAUGACAAGGAGGCCAGUCCGCCGGUCAGUCCCAUGUUCCCAUCGGAGGCCACCAGUGCCGCCUCCAAGAGCAAGGGCAAUGUGGCCUUCACACCGAAGCUGCAGCAUGCGUUCAGAAAGUACAAUGACUCCAGCCUGGAUGCGGAUGAGACCGAGUCGGAGCUGGUAGCCAUACCAGAGAGCGAUCUCUCGGACAGCACCCUGCAUGGCAGUGCACCGGGCUCCUUUGAUGACACCAUACACUUUGAGGAUGUGAUGCCCACCCGCAAGCGCCUUGAAUACACGGAGGAGAAAUCCACAAAAUCGCACAAGUCGAUGAUCACCACCAAAGUGGGCGAUACGUACACGACCAAAAUCAAGGCCACCACCACCAGCGAAACCCUCGUGACCACCCGUCACAGCCUGCAGGAGGGCGUACGCAUGAUCGUCACUCCUUUGGUGGCUGCAGAGACCACAGAGACGGCCAUUGUGAGUCCCCCCGUGGAUGUGCAUCGGGCGGUGACGGUGCGCAACAAAUCGCUGGAGAAUGCGGCCGCAUCCACAUCGAAAAUGUUUGCCGCAAUAGCAACCAACCAUCUGAAGGCACUCGGUGCCCUGCAGGAUGUCCCCGGCACAGCGGACAGAAAGCCCGGCUCCAGCAGCGGCAGUGGCAGUCGCUCGGUCAAUGGCAAUGCAACUGCUGCUCCAGCACCGUCUGCAGCUCCAACAAAGUCCAUAGGACGCCACAAGACGAUUGUGGAGUGCAGUGCCGGAACAUCGAGCUCCUCGAUGGACGAUUCCCGUCAUCAGAAAAAGUCACAGACCAAGUCCCUGAAGCGCACGGACAAGAACUACGGCUCGCCGGACUCGCCGCUGUCCAAGAUGAGCGUGAUGCCCAAUCCCAGGGAUGAGAUGGAUGCCGCGAUGCAGGGCCUGCCGCCGCCAAAGAAUAUUGCCGCCUUGGAGAUCCCAACUCCGGAGAGACUGCUGCCCAUUGGCACCCAGGAUACGGUGGCAGCACUGGUGGAGCGUGUGCGGGAGGGGCUGAAUCUUCCCGAUAUCAGCCACCUCAAGCAGGACAGUCUGGAUGUCUCGGAAAGCACCAAGGACGAUGUGACGCCCUGCAGCCGCACCAACUCUCCCCGUCGGCUCAUUAAGCAGGUGGCCUUGGAAUCGCCACCGAAUCCCAAUGCCCCGUCCACGUCGCAGCAGCCCACACAGCCUCCCGCUGAUCUCCACACUUCCAUUCUGAAGAAUGUCCAGCAGGAGCUGAAGCAGAGCGCGGGAGGAGCCCCCGCUGGAGGAGCAGCGGGCGGAGGCCUAACCUCCAGCAACAGCAUCAAGCGACCCCGCCAGAAGCUGGCACCUUUCAACGUCGACACCAAUGCCAUACCAGACAUACGUUCUCGGUUUGCGGGCUCCUGGCCACCGCCUCCGUUCCAGCCCGCCGAGCCCGAUCCAGACGAUGAGGGAGACGAUGGUGUAGGCGAGGCCACCAAUGGACAUGGAACCUCGCAUGGUACAGCUCAUGUGCCACGUGGGAGCGCACGUCGCGUUGGCGACUACACCAUAGUCGAGCGAUGUUCCGAUUGCGGUGCUCACAUUGAAGAGUACACAGACGAGGAGAUUGGCAUAUUCAUCGUGAUCUUGGGAACUUUUAUCCACCGCGAACCGGCCAUGGCAGCGCCCUUUCUCCCAGAGAUCCUCACUAUGACUUCGCGCAUCUGUCUGAGCUCUACCCACUCCUGGCAGGGGGAGAAUGGUCCGCCUUUGGCCUGCAGCGCACAGGCAGUGGCCCUGCAGUUCAUACGCUGUGUCCUCCAUCAGCUGGCGCCGAAUGGGAUCUUCCUGCAGGUGUUCCAGACCCAAAUGAAGAUGAAAAUCCGUCACUAUCAUUUUCGCAGCAUUGCCAAGGCCCUGCAGGAUUUCCAGGAUCUGAAUGCCACCAGUCCCAUCUACAUGGUGUGCGAGUCGUUGACCUCCAAGAAGGCUCUGCCAGUGGAUCAGCUGCCGGUGAUCUUCCGGAACAUGGCCGAGUAUCUGAAUCUUCAGUGUGUGCCCGCCGAAGCAGGCGUGGGCCUGGCCAUGUGGUCGCAGGCCAUGCAGGCGAUGGAGUCCUUGCUGCGGCAGGUGAUUGUGAUCAUGCCGAGCCUGACCAACGCCGAGUACAUGCUGGACAUCAUUGCGGCCACGCUGCGCCUCAACUGCGUGCCCAAGACCCUGCUCGAUCCGUACUCGAAGAUCAUGGCCUACUGCGUGCAGCACACGAAUCUCGAGUACCAGACCGUCUACGAGCUGUGCACCCUCAACACGCGCUCCUUCAGCAAGGAUCGCGACAAGAACCUGCUCUGCCGCCAGAUGAUUUUCGAGUUUGUGCAGGCCCUCAAGUUCAAGUCGAAUAUUCCCGACCACAAUCUCCUGGUGAUUAUUGGCGUUGUUCUCCUCGAUGCGGGGGGUACUUUGCCGCCGGGAUCUGCUCCUGGCAUGCCCGAUGCGGCUCCUAUGCUGACCACCAACUCCGCCGACUGCUUGCGGCAGUAUAUCAACGAUGUGAUUGACUUUCUGGCCGAUUUCCACACUCUCAGCAAGAUCAAGCACUUGAAGAACGGACAAACGAGCAACGGCCUUGGCGAGGACACACUGGGGGGCGUGCUCAAGGGAGCCGUGGCCCAAUAUCUGGCUCUGGAGAUGUCGCGAGGGAACUCCAGAGACAACAGAGCUGUCUCACGCUAUCUGCCGUGGCUAAACAAUGCACCCUCUUCCCUGCAGCAGGGUCCCAAAGAAUUCACCGAAUGCGUCGGACAUAUGCGUCUGCUCUCUUGGCUGCUGCUCGGCUCGCUGACCCACAUGGUGCUGAUGCAGCGUCGCCAGGAGACCCACACCAUACCGACGCCUCCGCCAAAUCCUCCGCCCGGGCAGGGCCAAGCGCCCGCAGCCAGUGUCCACUAUCAGCACCAGGGCGUGACCUACUCCCAGCCGGUGCCGCAGGAAGCCUCUUGCCACAUCGCCGAUCACAUUCAGGUGAUAUUCGCUGGCUUUGCCGAGCAGUCAAAGACCUCGGUACUGCACAUGUCCUCGCUCUUCCAUGCGUUUACCCUCUGCCAGCUGUGGACCGUGUAUCUGGAGCAGAUGGCGCACAACACCACCAGCAAUGUGGAGGGCGGCACGCUGGGCGUACUCUUCGAAUUCUGGGCCAAGGUAACGCCCUGCAUCCUGCAGCUGGUGUCCCACGCCAAGCCCACUAUCAACAAGGAUCAGCCACAGUCCAGUGUGGACUUCCAGACGCAAAGUGCCAACUCCAAGCUAUCCGAAAUGGUGAAUCUUCACUUCCUCAGUCUGCUGGAGGCCCUCAAGGACACAAACUCCACGGUGCUGGGCAAGCUGCUGCCCAUGUGGAGCCCUGUGCUCUCCUCGCAGACGCAGCUCUCGGACACGCUUCAUGUGCGCCUGCAGAAUGUGCGCGACUGUGCGCCGGACUACGAGGAACAGCAGGCCUUCAGGUCGGAGGCCCUGCUCAAGUGGCUGCAGCGAUUGCAGUUCAAAAUGGGGCAGAUCGAGCUGCAGGCCUCCACAGCCACACAGUUCUAUUCGAUUUAAAAUGGUGUUAUAAUCGUAUAUAAUCUUAUCCACUAUCUGUUGUUGCUUACACAAAUAAAUUAUUCACAGUGUUAACGAAAA